AUGGACUACCAGAAGGACCCACUCAGGAGCAAGAGUUAUCGCAUACCUGGGACGGAAGAGAUUCGACGCGAGAUAGAACGCGUGGAGGAGAGCAACAAAGACAAGGUUGUAUUGUACCAGACCCGCUCACUCUUGAGCUACUUCAUGGCCUGGCUGGCUCACGGGGUGAUGGCUAGGACGGAUGUCAAUCGGCCAGGAGAUUCUACAACCAACCGCAUCAGCACCGUCGCACUGGGGCUCGGCUUCUUUGAAGAAGGGCACGAGUUCCCCUCCUUCAUAGAGAAGGAAUCCGUGUGUGAGGGCCAGUCUGUUGGAAAGAAAGUCCGCGACGCAGAUCUGACGAAUGCCAUCUUGGGUGAAGGAGAGCUCCAUGUAAGCUUCGAUCCGACGGGGAAGAAAAAGCAGUGGAUUGUGAACUAUGCUAUGGGACCGAAAACCUAUGAGAGCUGCCAUGACAUGGUCUAUGCAGAAGCAGCAGACAUGAUCAUAGAGGUCGUGCCCAAGCUUAAAGACGAGAAGCUGCGACAGCAGAACUUCACAACUGCGGCAGAGUUUGCUAAAUAUCUCGACCAGGAGAUAGGGAGUUGGAGAGAUGCGAGCUUCCCAGAAAGCACGGUCCCAGAUUGGAAGUUCGCUACACUGGGCAUUCCCGAGCGGCUGAUGGAAGUGAACGUGAAUCUGCUCGGGUCUGCGACAAGCAAGGGCUGGCAGAAAGAUGACCAGAUGUCAAGUUGGGGGCAGCUUAUGCAUUCUCGCCGGCAUGGCCUCACAGGAAACGCAGGAUUCUCCGAUUUGAGAUCCGAGUUUUUGGAGACGCUCCACACUGGGGCAGAUUUCCGGACAUCUCUUCAUGAGGUCAUGCCGGAGAAGCUGAAAGUUUCCGAAGCUGUCCGCACCAAGCUGUUGAACCUCCAGUCACUUCUGCAGUGUGUAGCCUACUAUCGGCUGCCUGUGCAAUCUGAUCACAUCAAUAUCUUCGAGACGUGUUGGCAGGGAACAGCUGAGCCAUUUGCACCAGCACGCCGGCUCGACCUAGAUGAAGUGGCGAGCUUGGAGACGAGGCGGAAGACUAAGCAACUGGCGCAGAAUCCUUGUCAGCUCGACCCGCGGACAUUUAUCGGAUAUUCGCGGGUCCUCCUUCAGUUGGUCAUGCCUACCGACAUUGCGGACAAGCUCGUGUACGUGAGUACCAACUGGCAUUGGGACAACUACCAGGCCGUUGCCAGCGGAACGGCAUCAGCAGGCCAGCAACCUGGUCACAUAGAGAAUGAAUGGACAGACACGGCCUUUACACGGGCUUAUAGCCAGAUGAAGAACACCGAAAUGGGCGAUGUUUACACGGCUCGAGUGCUGCUAAGAAGGUCUGAGCUUGGUGACGUGCGCAUCGUAGCGCACAGCCCAGUCUUUGCGGACAAAGCCCUGAUGAUCUUCGUCCAACUGGUUCUCAACGACAUGAGGGCCUACCUCAAUGGUGAGGCGGUUGUCACCGCCGGGGAAGACUGGAAGCCUGUUUGGGAGGCGCAUGGAUGCUUUCGUGCCUACGACCGCGAGGGCUACCAGCAGAUGCAUCUCCUCCAUGACGAGACCGGAGUGGCUGGAGGACCGCCUGCAAAAGUGCUCCGAGUCGGAGGCGUGGACCUGGCGAGGAACAAAAGCAGGUAUGCGCUUCUGAGCGCCUUUCUCCUUCCAUCCUUGGGCCAUUGCCAGCUUUGCCACGAUGAGUUUUGCCGCGCCGCUGCUGAAGCGCAGGCUGCCAGCAUCCUCCAGAAGGAUAGCCGUCUGCAACGGCUCGGCGCCGAGCCUCCAGAUCCCACGGCUGAGGGAUUGGGCCAAACUGCUGUGCACCCUUCAGCUCCGAGCAAACUCUGGUACUGGAUCACUUUCCUUGCGGUGGUCACCUUUGGCGCCUUGACGAAUCUACUGCCCAGCGGAUUCCUGCAAAGGCUCUUUCCGUCCUUGGCCUCGUCCGGAGGUGAGGCAAAGAGCUAUGAUACCAUCGCAGAGACGGCCCGCGGCGACAGCCAGUCCUCCGAUCUUCUGAUGGAGAAUAGCCACCUUCUGGAUCCCAGCUCGGAUCCGGAACCGGCUGAGAGCCUUUUGGCGCUGCUGCCACAUGGCAAUGAUGUGGCGAUCUGCCGCGAUGGAGAGGACCCUCAGCCUACGACGUACGCAGAGCUUCGGCAGCAGCUCGAGGAUCAAAGCUUCGCGUCCUUCUUCCGCCGUGACGAUCGCGUUGCCUUGGUGCUGGAGAAUGGAAAGGAGAUGGCGACGUGCUUGCUGGCAGUUAUGCACCGUGCCUGUGCCGUGCCCUUGAACCCGACUUUUACAGAGGCUUCUUGGGACUGGUUGCGGCAUGUCUUUGGUCGAUCACAAAUGGAUGCCAAGCCUACUCCUGCUGCAAAUCAGACCUGA